UAUCAUCUCAAACUUUUUCUGGGACCAAAAUAGGUAUUUUCAGUGUGAAGCUGCACCAGAAAUCGCGUAGUGGCUGCAUCUCCGUUCACCACUGAUCGCUUACGAGCUCGAAAAGGUUAAUGAAGGAGCACGUCAUUGCGCUUCUACUACUCUUCCACUUUCACAGAUAACCCUAUUGCAUAAUCGCGCUCCUUCCUCUCUAGGGUUUCUUCAACUUCAUGGCUUCCCCUACUCAUUUCGACGAUGACUUCGAUUUCGGAGGCGGAUUUGGCGGAAGGCAUUCAGGUAAUAAGAGGUCGUCUCCCGAUUACGACGACGAGGAUUAUGACAACGAUCCUUUUGCACCGAAGAAGGCUAUAACAAAAGCUGAAGAAGCUUCUGGUGUAACAACAGGAAUGAUCUUGUCACUUCGUGAGAGUCUCCAGAACUGUAAGGAUACACUUGCAACAUGCCAAAAUGAACUUGAGGCUGCAAAAUCAGAGAUUCAGAGUUGGCAUUCUACACUUAAAAAUCAGCCAUCCAUACUUGCCGGGAUCACUCCAGAGCCCAAGAUGUUGAUUAAUUAUCUGCAGGCCUUGAAAUCCUCUGAAGAGUCUUUAAGAGAGCAGCUUGAAAAGGCAAAGAAAAAGGAAGCUGCAUUCAUUGUAACAUUUGCAAAACGAGAACAAGAGAUAGCAGAGUUGAAGUCUGCGGUGCGAGAUCUGAAAGUGCAACUCAAGCCACCAUCAAUGCAGGCUAGGAGGUUGUUACUAGAUCCAGCUGUUCAUGAAGAGUUCACGCGUUUAAAGAACUUAGUUGAGGAAAAGGAUAAAAAAGUAAAGGAGUUGCAAGAUAACAUUGCUGCUGUAAGUUUUACUCCCCAAAGCAAGAUGGGGAAGAUGCUGAUGGCUAAAUGUAGAACCCUGCAAGAGGAAAAUGAAGAGAUUGGAAAUCAAGCGUCUGAGGGGAAGAUGCAUGAAUUAGGGAUGAAACUUGCAUUGCAGAAGUCCCAAAAUUCACAACUUAGAAAUCAAUUUGAAGGGUUGCAGAAGCACAUGGAAGGACUGACAAAUGAUGUGGAAAGAUCCAAUGAAAUGGUUCUUAUGUUACAAGAAAAAUUAGAAGAGAAGGAUCGGCAGAUACAGAGACUAAAACAUGAGAUUAAACAGAAGAACUUGGAGGAUCAAAGACUAAAACAUGAGCUUCAACAGAAAAACUUGGAGGAUCAAAGACUAAAACAUGAACUUCAACAGAAGAACUUGGAGGAUGGAAAUGACAAUAAUGCCGGGGAGGCUGCUAACUAAUUUGAUAUAUAUAUAUAUAUAUAUAUAUAUAUAUAUAUAUAUAUAUAUAUAUAUAUAUAUAUAUAUAUUUGUAGUAAACAAUUUAUUCAUUUUUUUCUUUUUAAUGUCUUUUACUGCUGUACAUUAUAUUAAUUUUUUUUGCGAAAACUGUGGAUAUUUAUGAGGAAUGAUUAUGCUUCUGCUUUGAAUGGAAUUAUGGAAAAUAUAGUAGAUGGAGCUACUUUUUAAUACAAUUCAUGACAUUUAGUCUGUUACAAGGGAGGGAGGUAGGGAAAAAUUAUAAAUAGUAAACUUUCUAAA